AUUAAACGUUUUUUACAUAGUGUAAUCUCACGUGAGAUUACAAUUUUAUAUUUGCUACCGUGCAGUCUCUGACACUGAUCAACGUACUGGUAGAACCUUUCAAGAGUUGUGAUGCCAUCAGAGACGGUUUGGAAAUUCUUCGUAUAAUAGAAAGUGCUAUGCAUGGGUGGUUGAAUAUCGUUUUCCCGCGAAUUUACAUAAGAAAGCUUGCCAUUAAUAUCAACUAUGCAAUCGACGACUGGUCAUCUCCAUCUAUGAAAAAAGAAUCGCACGUAGUGAUGACAACGUAUGCACGUGUAGGACGUUUGAUCGCUCUGAUUCAACUGAUUGCUGGAAUAAUAUCAGGCAUCGUGUGGUACGGAUCCGUCUUCCUCAGCAAUAAGCAAGAGGCUGCAAAUAUUGAUAAUGGCACGGUGACUACAUGGAAUUUUGUUCUUCCAUCAACGUGUCUGUACAAAGGAGUUUCAUAUUCCACAUACAAAAUACUGUUUUUGAUGCAAGUAGUACAAGGGUUUCUGAUAUUAAUAUCAGAAUGUGCUUGCGAUAGUUUCUUCUUCAGUAUCACCAUGCAUUUAUGCGGUCAGUUAGAGCUUCUGAGGAUUCAGUUUCUGGAGAUUAGUAAAAGAUAUAAAGAAAAAUGUCAUGGAAAUAUUCUAAGACCAUUGGUCAAAAGACAUUGCCAGCUGAUAGCAUUGUCUAAAAAUAUUGAAGAUGCUUUUAAUAUCAACAUUUUAAUACGCCUUUUAAUAAUUAGCAUAGUUAUUGCAGCUUCAGGAGUAGGAGUUAUCUUGGCCCUCAAGCAACAAAAUUACAAAGAAAUGAUGAAAAUGUUAAUCCCCAUUCAAUUUUAUAUAAUACAAACCCUUUUGUAUACGUAUGCCGGUGAUAUUUUGCAGACUCGAAGCGAAUCUAUUGUUUACGCCAUAUACAGCUCCACGUGGCAUAAAAUGUCACCUAUCAUGACGAAGGAUUUAAAAUUCAUCAUGAUGAAAAUGCAGACUCCUCUUCGAAUAAGUGCCGGAAAAUUUUUCUAUCUAACACGAAACACUAUGACGGAUAUCUUGAAAACUACCUUAACAUAUAUGUCGUUCUUACAGGUGUCAUUAAAUACAUAAAAGAUUUUCUCAAUAAUUCCUAUGUU